AUGGCACACCAUUUGCUAGCACCUGACCUAGAGUGGUGGUUCCAUGGUCCACCAAUCCACCAACAACAUUUGAUGAGCUUGCUCACUGGCCAAUCAUCAUCUUCAUCAACAACACCAAACAACAAAUCCUUCACCUUUCACCCUCUCUCCAAUAUUGUUGGCUUUGGAUCAAUGGUCCUUGUUGAAGGGUUUAACAAAGAUUGGAAUGUUUCAUGGGUUCAUGCAUGGAUUGUGACGAAUGGGAUCGUUACCCAAGUUAGAGAAUACUUCAAUACUUCUGUUACUGUCACUCGUUUUGGGGAUGGAGGAUCCUCCAUAGCAUCAUCACAUGCUAUUACUACUUCUCAAUCUGGGCCUAGGUGCCAAAGCGUUUGGCAAAGCAAGGUCUCUGAUAAUAAGUCUGUGCCUGGUCUUGUUUUGGCACUCUAA